AUGCCUGCUGGCAUGUUCAGCAUCGACAACAUCCUCGCCGCCCGGCCUCGCUGUAAGGACUCUGUGCUGCCUCUGGCCCCCAGCGCCGGGGCCCCGGUGGUCUUCCCGGCCUUGCACGGGGACUCUCUCUACGCCAGCGCUUCCGACUACGGCAGCUUCUACCCGCGCGCAGUAGCCCCCAGCGGAGCCGGCCUCCAGACCGCGGUCGGUGGCUCCCGCCUGGGCUACAACAGUUACUACUACGGGCAGUUGCAAGUGCAGGCGACGCCCGUCGGCCCGUCGUGCUGCGGGGCGAUGCAGCCCCUGGGAGCUCAGCAGUGUUCUUGCGUUCCGUCCUCAGGUUACGACGGCUCGGGCUCAGUCCUGAUGUCCCCGGUUCCCCACCAGAUGUUGCCCUAUAUGAACGUGGGCACCUUGUCGAGGACCGAGCUGCAGCUGCUCAACCAGCUGCAUUGCCGGCGGAAGCGGCGGCACCGAACUAUUUUCACGGAUGAACAGCUGGAAGCCCUGGAGAACCUCUUCCAGGAGACCAAGUACCCCGACGUGGGCACAAGGGAACAGCUGGCUCGGAGGGUGCACUUGAGGGAGGAGAAAGUAGAGGUCUGGUUUAAGAAUCGAAGAGCAAAAUGGAGGCGGCAGAAAAGGUCGUCCUCAGAGGAGUCAGAAAACGCACGGAAGUGGAGCAAGGCUUCGAAGCCAUCCCCAGAGAAAAGGGAAGAGGAAGGUAAAAGCGACUUGGACUCUGAUAGCUGA